CGUACUGUACUUUAACUCCAAAGAAUUGCCCAGCGAAGAAAAAUAAAAAUGUUGACAGUCGCCGAAAGGGUCAUUGCAAGGUUAUUCAUUCGACCGUCUUCUUAUAAGUUCACUGGUUUGCAGAUUUCUCGUUCUCUCAGUAGCUGUGACAAAGAUAAAAAAGGCAAGAAAAUGUCGCGUAAAUUUUGUGUUGGUGGUAACUGGAAGAUGAAUGGUAACCAAAAAUCAAUCACCGAACUGUGCAAAAUACUUUCUGCAGGACCUUUAGAUCCCAACACGGAGGUUUAUGUGGGUGUACCGGCACCUUAUCUCAUGUACGUGCGUAGCUUACUACCCUGCUCCAUCAAUGUUGCUGCCCAAAACGCCUACAAAGUAGAAAAAGGUGCUUUCACAGGUGAAAUCUCGCCGGCCAUUAUCAAAGACACUGGUGCUGGCUGGGUUAUUUUGGGUCAUUCGGAACGUCGCCAAAUCUUCAAAGAGAGUGAUGAGCUCAUUGCCGAAAAAGUUGAGCAUGCACUAGCAUCUGACUUAAAAGUGGUGGCAUGCAUUGGUGAAACACUAGAGGAGCGUGAAUCCAAUAAGACGCAAGAGGUUGUUGCCAGACAAAUGUGUGCGAUAGCUCAGAAAGUUAAGGAUUGGAGCAAAGUUGUUAUUGCCUACGAGCCGGUUUGGGCUAUUGGCACUGGCAAAACUGCCUCACCGGAACAAGCCCAAGAAGUGCACGCCUUCUUGCGCAAAUGGCUGGUUGAAAACAUCUCAAAGGAAGUAUCAGACACACUACGAAUCCAAUACGGUGGUUCAGUAACUGGGGCUAACGCCAAGGACUUAGCCAAACAACCCGACAUCGACGGUUUUCUGGUGGGCGGUGCAUCUCUGAAGCCUGAAUUCGUGCAAAUCGUCAAUGCUAGACAGUAAAUGCUUCGAAAGUAUAUGAAGAAAAGCACAACUGCCACAAAAUCCAAAAAGUUGUGGCAUAGAAUUCAGGGGUUUACUAUUGUUAAUGAAUUACAUUGCCGUUAAAAGUGGAAAUAACCAUCUUUCCCAUUUUUUACUUUGCCUUGUGUGCAUAGCUAAUCGGCAGGUUGAUUUAUUGUUAUGGGUUGACAUAUUUUGGAGAGUUCGCAUUUUAUGUCGGGAAGUUAUAGUAAGUACUCAAAAUUAAAAGGCUAAAAAUAAUUGUAACUUUAUUGAACGGAAAAAAUGCAUCAUGUUACUUCCACCAUAUACUCGAAGAAAUUGCGAGUAAAUUUUAGAUUAUGAAAUAAAUGUUAAAAUUUCUACAACCCUAAA